AUGUCAGACAUGUCCGAAGCGGAAGAGAACGUUUCUGUACCUACUGACAAUGAUCUGCCCCAAGAAAAGCCUCAACCAGCACACUUAGAACGCAAUGAAACAAGUACCAAAACAAGUUCUACAAGCAAAACCCGUAGUGGACGGUUAGUUAAAAAACCUGACAGGCUAGGUAUAGACACAUAAGGCAACGCGGUAUAUACGGUAUAUUUAAAAAGAAAAAACGUUCAGAGAAGAGUAGAUGUUGGACAUUUACUGUUGACAUUAAUAUUUUAGUUAUAUUUGCUCGGACAGUGAAAACUGGGAACGAAGGAAAAGGGCGCAAAAAUAGGUGUAGGACACGGGAUUUUAGAGAUAGAGUAUAUUAUACAUGUUAUGAGUUUAUAUUAUGCGAAUUAUGCUAUAAAAAAAUAAAACUAUCAAAAGUUAAUGAAAGUGAGAAGCAAAUUACAAAGAGUUCGAAAAAAGAUGGAACUUUCCUAAUUGUGUAGGUGCAAUAGAUGGAAAGCACAUUGUAAUUCAAUAUCCUCUUAGAGGUGGUUCUAUGUUUUUCAAUUAUAAAAAGUUCCACAGUAUAGUACUCAUGGCUGUUGUUGAUGCAAAUUAGAAGUUUACCAUGGUAAACGUGGGUGAUUACGGAAGGCUAAGCGACGGGAGUGUCUUUUCUAGUACCCAAAUUGGUAUAGCAAUGGAAAAGAAGCUGUUAAACAUGUCCCUUUCAAGCUUAUUGCCACAAUCAGGUACAGAAUGUCCAUACGUUUUUGUUGGGGAUGAUGCUUUUCCACUAAAACCAUAUAUGAUCAAACCUUACCCAAGAAAUACGGUUGCCUGAAAGAAUUGCCAACUACCGUUUUUCAAGGGCAAGAAGAAUAGUUGAAAAUGCAUUUGGCAUUGCAAUUUCCAGAUUUCGACUAUUUAGACGUGCAAUCACAGCCGAUAUAGAAGUAGCAGUUCAUGCCACAAAAGCAGUCAUAGCUCUUCACAAUUACCUAAUGACAGGGAGAUGCUUCUCUGACAACCCUUACUGUCCCCCUGAUUAUGUUGAUCUUGAGUUGAAUGGGUCUUUUAAACUGGGUGGUUGGAGAGAAGACAAUGAAAAUACUGGAAUGUUGGACAUUACAAAUCUUAGUUCCAACAACUAUUUCCUGGAGGUAAAAACGGUGAGGGAUAAUUUUCGAGAUUAUUUCAAUUCAAAUGCUGGCUCUGUCCCUUGGCAAAAUGAAAUGGUCACAUGUACAUCCUAUAGUUUUGACAGGAAAUUAUGGAACAGAAUAUAA